AGAGAGAGGAGGGGCUUAAAAAGUAUGAACUUGUGUAUGAUUUAGCUGCAGGAAGCAUUAAGAAGGGAAAAGACUGCAAACAGGACGCGGUAGACUCACUCUUUUAGAGCUUUACUGAGGACGAGUCGCCUUAUGGCCUCUCGGAGUGGGACUUUUUCCACUGGGUCACACUUUUUCUAGUGCGCUCCUUCACUCCUGGUACUUGUCUUGUUAAUAAAAAUCCGGAGCAUUCAGCUUUGAACCCGUACUGGGGUUUCUUUUUUCUUUUUUUUUUUUAAGGCUGUGUGUAAUUUAUAUCCAGGAUCGAAUAAAAGGCGACAUCACAACAACACGAGGACGAGGAAUCAAGACAGAAAUAAACCGAAGUGGGGGAAAAUGAAAGCCGUCUUGGAUUUCUGCUUGAUUUUCCUCAUGCUGCACACUCCCGGCGUGCUGUCCUUGUCCACACAUGUAGCAAUCAUCUACCCCCAGGACCCUGUCCUGCGCAUGGGGUCCAACCUGACCGCCAGCUGCUGGGUCCACCCCGACCUCGGCGUCCACGCCAGCUCUCUGUUCUGGACGCUGAACGGCCAACAGUUGCCCAGCUCCCUCUACAGAGUGCUGAGCCCGACCAACCUCAGUGUGACGCUGGCCGGACUCAACGCGUCCAGGCAAACAUCUGGAGACAACCUGGUUUGUCACAACCACAAGGGACACAUCUUGGCCGGCUCCUGCCUCUACGUCGGGAUGCCUCCAGAGAAACCGGUCAAUCUGACCUGCUGGUCCAGGAACACCAAAGACCUGACUUGCAGCUGGGCUCCAGGAGGAAAAGGAGAAACCAACAUUAGUACCCAGUACACACUCAAGUACAAACUCAGGUGGUACGGUAAGGAGAAGGAGUGUGAGGAUUAUACUCAUACGCAGCCUUACUCCUGCAGCAUCACCCGGGACCUGCACCUCUUCACGCCCUAUGAAAUCUGGGUGGAGGCCUCCAACCAGCUGGGCAGGGCUACCUCUGAUGUCAUCACCCUUGACAUCUUAGACGUGGUGACCACAGACCCUCCGGCAGGUGUGACCGUGAGCCGUUUGGGUCAGUUGGAGGACCAGCUGAGCGUUCGCUGGGAUGCCCCGCCUGCCCUCAAAGACUUCCUGUUUCAGGCCAAAUACCAGAUCCGCUACAGACUGGAGGACAGCCAAGACUGGAAGGUGAUGGAUGACGUCGGGAACCAGACUUCUUGCAGACUGGCUGGACUGAGACCUGGAACUGUGUAUUUCGUCCAGGUCCGCUGUAACCCUGUGGGCAUCUAUGGCUCUCGCAAAGCUGGGAUCUGGAGCGAGUGGAGCCAUCCCACUGCUGCAUCCACACCCCACAGUGAGCGGCUGAUGUCGGGCUCCUGCGAUUCCAAGUCCAGCGGGGACUCCAACUCCACCCUGCGCAGGGAGCUGAAGCAGUUCUUCGGCUGGGUGCGGAAACACGCCUACGGCUGCAGCAGCAUGUCCAUGAAGCUGUACGACCAGUGGAGAGUGCUGAUGCAGAAAUCCCACAAAGCUCGCAACCAGGUAGGUUCUCCAAGGGGAUAAGUCCUAGCACAUGCUGCGUUUAAAGGUCAAGAAAAGAACUGAGCGAGUGUGAUUUGUGUUUUUGUCUCUGUGUGUAUGAGAAAUGAGAAAGAGAUUGUAUUCGUAUAUGGGAAUUAUAGAGACAAUUUGUUCUGGAUGUUUUGUGCGGAUACCAGCAGCAGACGAGAGAGGACAUCCGAAGAAAAACGAUGGGAUUUUCUUUCCUUUAAGCAUCUUUUCCAGUCAACACGAGCGCUGGUUUUGCCUGAAAAGUUGCAACCGGGAAGGAGGUGGACUUGUCACAAACGUCCAUCUUGGUGUCGCAUGGAUGACUCUGCUUUCACAAAGGACAUUGUAGCAUGAAUAACUCGGACAAUAAAGGCGUUAAGACAUGUACCUGCUCUAAAUGUGCACAGAGGUGGUCAAAACAGAUUCAAGCAAAACAGAAGUGUUGCCAAAAGCAUCUGAAAGUAUUCUGUGACCUUUUUUAGGUUUCUCCUGUGGAUUCAAAGCACCAUCUAGUGGCUGUUCAGCAUCCAUGGAUACUCCACAAUCAAAGCUUUUCACUGUGUGGUCCGUGAUGUAAAAAGAAAAAAAAGUAACAAAUUAUCAUUCAGUAUUUCUAAUUGAUGCUUUGUUAUGUAAGUGGAUAAUGUGCCAAACUGCUUCACCCAGGAUUCCUCUGUUUCUGAGUGACAGUACGUGACUGAUGAUGGUGUUUGUGUAUGGAAACGUUUCACUGCCUUUAUUUUUGUACUGAAUUGUACCAGCAUAUUUAAAACUGUAUAAAGUUAUGUUUUAUUUCUUAAGUUAUGUUUAGUUAGUAAAGAAAAUAUCAAUGACUGAAGCUGUUAUCGAUCUCUAAUGUUGCUCUAUAAAAAUGCUGUCAGAAAAAGAAGAGUUUGGAAAUGACUUGUAUGCAAUCCAAACUUGGCUAAAAAGACCAAAUAUGAUAAUAUGGAUACCAAGUAGCAUUUUCUCUUCAUUUCAUCCUCCUGAAAUAAGAAGAAUGCAUGAUAUAAUACGUGUGAUUUAGGUCUAGAUGUAGAAGAGAAACAAGGGACGUCUACUCAGUAUAUCUGCUGUGUUAAACAUCCUGUAUUAAGUCUUUAUUUUGUGUAGUAAGAGUAGUAAAACAUUGCAGAUUUUGUAAUGUCAUCCCUGAAAAGACCAGAAAAUGCUUAUUUUAACAGUCA